GCCACUCACUGAGGUAUAGAUUUGCCAUUACAUCUGGGAAGUGCUGUGGUAGUUGUGCCAUCCCGAAGGAACCCGAUGCACUUGAUAUAAAACGAAUUCAGUAAUAAGAUUUGCACGUAAACCACACUGGUUACCUGUAAGUGAUGAGACAAAUGGCAAGAUUGCGCGGUGCUUCCAUACUAUGUGGACUUUGCUGAGCAUCGAGUGACGUCUUGAAACGAAGGUUUCCUCAGAAGUCGUCGAUGCAGUUCAUGAAGAGAGAGAGUCACUGUCUGCAAACAUGAAAGAGAGACAUGGGGCGACGGACGGGGAGACGCCGCCGGCAGAGUUCCCAGCGCCUUUGGAAGGCUCCCUCACGACAUCAGUUGGCACCAGCAGAUGUCAAUGCCAUAACGAAAGUAAAGAUGGAGAAGCAGGUGUAGCGAGAAAUGCUGCUGCGGGGGACUGCCCCCCUCACAGCCGAUGGGGCUGGCUCGUCGUGCUCGGCUCCAGCCUCUGUUUCAUGCUGGUGGGGAUGCAAGGUCCUUGCUUUGGUAUUUUUUAUGCUGAUAGAUUGCAGGAGCUGGGAAGCUCUCCAUCAUUAGCAGCCUGGCUUUUCAACUUACAAGCCUUUUGGUACAAUUUUGCAGGACCAUUAGCUGGGCCUCUGAGUCAGAAGUUUGGACAACGUCUCGUGGCCCUCGUGUCAGGGGCAGUUUCAUCGUCCUCUUUCGUAUUAUCUGCCUAUGUCACGGAGCCAUUUCUUCUGCUCUUCACUUUUUCAUUCUUCUGUGGCGUCGGCGGAGGUUUAUGCAUCAACUGCUGUUUCCAGAUGAACACCAAAUAUUUCAAACAUCGACUGGGCUUAGCAAACGGCAUCAUGAUGGCGGGAGGCUCCUUAGGGCUAAUCCUGGUGCCCCAACUUGCCUCGUAUCUUCAGCAGAUUUACCCCUUUGAAUGGGCCAAUAUUAUUGCUGGUACAGUCAUGAUGAAUGCAAUUCCAGCAGCAAUGCUUUUCCACCCAGUUGAAUGGCACAUGAAACAAAGCAAACAUUACAAUGUCACUGAUGAUGCCGUUCCUUCAACAGCGUCACAGGACUACUUCAAGUCUAAAGAUCAUUCUGAUAAUGAAUCCCUCAGACCACUACGUAGUAAGUCCAAAAUAUUUUCGGAACCUCAGGUGAAUAAUGGUUUGAGGGGCAUGCCGAGAGGCACAUCUGUUCCACAUGACCUUCUGAAUCCCAGUGUGCAGUAUAACCGACUCAGCCUACUCCAUUCCAUGAGGAGGAAUCGAACGCUGAGUGAGUCACCCGACAAGAUGAAAAUGAACAGAAAUGAAAGUUGUCGAAACUUCGGUGUCAUUGGGACUCCGGAGGGAAGCAGACUAACUCUUCUAUUUAGGAGGAAGCACCACAAUGGGCAGCGUUCUUACACUUCAGCAAAAUCCCGGAGAAGAAGACACAGUAAGUCAUGUUUAAGUUUUUCACAAAUAAUUUCCCAGGCGCCUGAGGAGGAGGAGGAGGACUCGCAGCGUCGUGGAAGGGCCUCCAUUCCAGGUCUUCUAAGAAAUCUAAGAUGUGCACAGACAGCCUUUUGGAAGGAUCCGUUGAUCAUGUCAGUUGCUCUCUUCACCUCCGUCACCAUUCCCACAGCAAUUAACAUCUUUGCGGCGGUGCCAUUCGCCAUGAGCGACGCAGGAUUCAGCGUGCAGUUGGCCGCCUCUGCCGUGAGUGUCAACGCAGUCGUGGACUUCUUCACGAGACUCUUCUGCGCCCUCAUCGUCGACCAGCCGUGGGCGAGCCCGAGGAUGAUUUAUGGCUUAGGACAAAUCGUCCUUAUUUGCGUCCCUCUGGGUCUGAUGAGUGGAUUGCACAACUACUGGGUCAUCUUUCUCUGCAUGGGUGUACUAGGUGUGGGCCUUGGCAUCGUCUACGCGUUAGAUGUGUUCAUAAUAGCCUAUCUUGCAGGAGAAGAGAACCUUGUGCUGGUUUUUGGCAUCAGUCAGUUCUUCCGAGCGAUUGGAUUCCUGAUGCUAGGACCAAUAGGAGGGGUUCUUCGCGAUGCAACCGGGAGUUAUGCUUCUGCAUUCUUAUUCUUCAUUGGAGCCGUGGCACUAGCUUUUAUGAUCUUGAUUUUCACAGUCUUUCACACUCACCAUCAUUCACAGUCAGGUAUUCAACGUUCUUCAAAAUAAAAAAAUUUCGUAUGUAAAGAGAAACAACAUUAAAAGGCGAACCUGAUUCAUAGAAAGUAUAAUAAU